GGGGUUUCAGUGUCGGGGCGGUAAAGCAGCACUAAAAACACCUCUCCUCGAGUUGAAGCUUCACUUUUUCUUCCACCUGGCAUGACGGGACGACGCUACUGAAAAAGGUCGCCUUUCUCUCAGUUCCGGAGUGGCGACACACUGUUGCUAGUUUUGGCUGAGCUACUCAAAUGAGACUUUUUCACCUAAAGCGCCGACGAAGUUCAAACACAUCUUAGAGGAGGCUCACACACACACACAUGGAUGUCAGAUGGAAUAAGCUCAACGAUGCUGCCCACCUCGGUCUGCUCUCUGCCUGUCCCAAAUAGUUAUGUCAGCCAGCUCAGCUCCUGCCACAACACGCCCGAAGAGGACGAUGAGACCAUGAACACAGAGGAGAGAAAAGCCAGCGCCCUCCACAAAGCGGACCCCGCGUCCGACCUCGACGCCCACCGCCGGCCCUGGGACCGCACGCCGUUCCCCGAUGACUCCAUGUUCAGCCGGCGGGGGUGGAACCGAGAGCUGGACCUGUCGUUCCCCUCCUCCAGCUUCUGCUCCUCCCGGCUGCCCCACAGCCUCCCCGCCGGGUACAACCAGCCCACCCCGUUCCCCAGCCAGGUCAGCAUGCUCCACCCGAGCCUGGCCAGCAGCUGCACGGGCUACCCCAGCAGCCUGCCGUCCUGCCUGGGCCACAAGGAUUACUCCCAGGACAGCUGUCUGUCCAGAGAGAAGUCCGCCUCCCUCCCCAGCCACCACAGCGGCCACAUGAGCCUGGAGCAGCCGCUGUCGCUGCACUCCAACCUGCCUUCGGCCGAGCUCUACCACCACACCUUGUCUCCGUACUCGUGUCCGCCACAGGGCCCCCCCUGCUGUGCUCAGUGUCCGGCGGAGGCCUUCAGCAGGCGGCCCAUGGCCAACAACCGCGCCUGGCCUCAGUACAACCCAGCUUACAGCUCGUACUACCCAGAAGACUGCAGGAUCCCUGGAGCUGGAUUCACACACACCGGCCACAACGUCCCGGUCAAAGAGAGACACCCUGCGUACAGCACGCCGCUCUCUCUGGAGCAGAGGCGGGUCUUCGUCACGUACGAAGCCGACAACGACAAACACGUCAACGAGAUCAUCAAGUUUGUGGCUCUGCUGCGACACAACGGCUUCGACACUCAUAUUGACAUUUUUGAACAGCAGUACAGAAGCAUAAGCAAGAUCGACUUCAUGGAGCGUUACCUCAGCGAGAAAGAGUACCUGAUCAUCAUCAUCAUCAGUCCCAAGUACUAUGAGACGGUGACCACGUCUCCGUUCGACCUGGAGAACGACGAGAGGACCUUCAACACCGUUUACAUCCACAAACAGCUUCAGAAUGAGUUCAUCCAGAACGGAAGCAAGAAUUUCAGGUUCAUUCCCAUUUUGUUUCCCGGGGCUAAAAAGUGUCACGUUCCCAACUGGCUCCAGAACACUCACGUCUACGGCUGGCCGCGCGAUCGAGACGACAUCCUCCGACGCCUGAUGAGGGUGGAGAAGUACAACCCGCCCCCCAUCGGGGAACUGCCGACCAUCGUUUCCAUCCCCAUCUAGAGCCCUGGCCCAAGGACAGCGUCCCCCCGAGACAAGCGGGGACGUGUUCCGGCCUCUGUCCUCCUUUAAUCUGCGAUUGUAAAGACUCUCAGGUGCUUUUGUUUCUUCUUCUUCUUAACUUUUUAUUUUUUUAUUCACAAAGAAAAGUGUCGGUGUCGACAUGAAACGUGGACCGGAGAGGUUUUUUUGGUUUCGUACAUCUUGUUCCAUUUGCUUUUGUUUUUUAAAAACAGUUUUAAAAUCUCCUUCAUACAUUUUUACAAGCAAAUCACACGUGCUACUUGGUUAAACAAAAAAAAAGUAAAAACUAUACAGUGACAUCUGGUACAGGAACAGAUAAAAUCACUGCAGUUUUUCAGUUUUUGUAAAGUGUAAGGUUUUUUUUUUUUUGAGACGACAGAAAAAGUGCAAGAUUUUCUCUCUGUAAGCACUUCUAUUUCCCUCACUGCCUGUCAGCUGGCUGAAAGAAGAUGCACUUCCCACUUGCUUACAAGGAGGAAUUUCUUGUUGCAAAAAAAGUAAAAAAAAAGCAUAUAUAGUCCAGCCAAAGGAAUGCAAGAACCUACAGAGCUUUCCAACAUAAGAAAUCUGUUUUCUUUUUAAGAAAAGUAAUUUUUCAGUUCUCGGUACAUUUGAUUAAAAAAAGUUCCACCAUCAAGAGGGUUUUUUUUUUUUGCUGCAGCAGCAGCAGAGAUCAUUUCUGUUUCGUAUCAAAGCAGUUAAAUCGUGUUUAGAUUGAUUCUCUUUGUGGCAUUUCCACUCAAAGUGACUCUAGGAUCUCAUAUCGGCCCCAUCAGCAGCUGGUACGUCACUUCAAACACCUGCUGUUUUUAUCUUUUUUUUCAAAAUCUCAUGUUUUAAAAUCUUUUUAAACCAUUGCUUUACACCUUACUGUCUACAUUGGUUUUUUUGUUUUUGUUUUGAACCUUAAAUUAAAUUAAGAUGCUGAAAAGCUAACCUCGCUGUAUGUUUGUCUCUCUGGGAGCCUAAGUGUCGCCUCUCCUCACUACCACCGAUCAGACAAGCAGAGGCCUGGAUUUUUAUUUGAUUUAUUUUUUUUCACCUGAGGGAGUGUCGUGUUUUUUUUUCCCCCUUCAAUGACGAGCUAUGUAGAAGGAAUGCAGCAGAAAUCCAGUCUCGCCGCUUCUCCCCUCCUCCUCCUCUUUCAUCGGCUCGUGUAGAAAAAAAGAAAAAACACCUCGGCAGGAAGCCAUGAGGAGAUAAGCAGCUGACGCAGCUGUGUGGUACAACUUCUCAAGAAAUCGGCAGAAGUGCACUCAAAAUGGGGUCAUCAAAACUCGUGUGUGUGGUUUGAGAUGAAUCUGCAUGUAAAGCUGUGCGACACAUUUGAAGCAAAAAAAAAAAAUUAAAUAAAACCGUCUGCGUCGGCAGAAUAGUUGUUCAUCCAAGUGCAGGUUUACGGCGAACAAAUAGAAACUCCUGCACCUGAAAUACACCACAGCAGGCAUUCACAUGCAGAUUAAUGGACUUUUAUCUGCACUGAAAGUGUUCAUAUAAUUUAAAAAGAAAGUUUUAAUACAGUCUUGUAUAUAUAUUGAAAGGUAAAUGAAAUAAUUUUAUUAAGUACAAAAUAAUGACAUUUAUAAUGAAGGUUGGUUACACAGUCAUUUUAUUAUGCAAAUAUCUCUCAAGAUUUAACAGAAACAAAUAUCAGGCAAUAGUUUAAUUUUAAUGGUUGUAAAAACAAUGAAGUGCUAUUUGUUCAAAAGCUACAAAGUACAUUUAUUAAGCAGGAAGUGUUUCAUUUCCUUCAAGGAAAAAAAGAAAAAGAAAAAAAAGUACUAUAAAAUAAGUUACAGUACAGUGAAUUUCUCCAAUCUGACUUUUGUUCCCGUCUUCCAGCCUAUACUAAGCACAAACCGAAGUAGGAUCAGACAGAAACAAGGUCUGAAAAUCGUCGUGUCCCCCGUGGG